AGCAAAUAUGUUUAAGAUCUUUAAGGGGUGCUGAGGGAAAUCUGAUGUUAAGAAAUCGAUUAAGAGGAAGAGCAAGAAGGAAGGGAAGAUUAGGAGGAGUAUGAAGUGUAGUAAGGGAAAGAAGGAGGAAAAUAAUAAGGCGGUUAAUUGUGCAAUCUGUUUGGAAAGCUUUGAUAAACACAAGCAUAAAUUUAUUCAAGCUCAAUGCGAUAAGGCAUUAGAAGCAAUUAAUGAAGAACUUAAAAGAGAAGAACUUAAAGGAGAAGAGCAAGAGCAUGAAGCUAUUGCUGUCAUUUAUCAGAAGAACAGUGAAGAUGUGGAAGAAGAUGAAGAAAACAACAGACUUUCUUGCCAAGAUAAGUUCAACAAGAACAGAAGCUUAGACCUUUAUACUAUUAAACAAACUGAUUUAACUCAAUCAAAUGAUAAAGUUUUGGAAAACAUGGAAACUGAUGGAGUAGCCAUUCUGGUUGAAUGCAAGCAUGUAUUUCACAAUACCUGCAUCAAUUCAUGGCUUAAACAAAAUAAUACUUGUCCAAUUUGCAGAAAGGAAAUUUAUCCAACAAAUGAUCACAGUUUCUUACGCGCAGCUCUGCUAGAGCUUCUUGCUAUUAACCUUCUAAAUGAGGACUCUGAUCUCCAAGCCAUUCAAAUCGGAUUUAUCCCAGAUUCCCAACCCAGCUCAUCUGCUCUCUCACCCCAAUCAUCAAGCUUCGAUUUCACACCAGAUAUUCCUUCUAUAUCCUCCUACUUAAGUCUUCCAAGCCCUCCAAGUCAUUCUACUCCUCCGAGUCAGAGUUUCUCUAUUGACCCAUAUUCUCUUUCAUCAGAUCUAUCCUCGUAAUAAUCAAGCUAUAAUUUGUUCAACACAAAUCUGUC